CCUUCUUCUGUUUCCUUUCCUUUCCUUUCCUUCUCCUUCUCCGUCAUAGUCUUGGAAGACUCCAAGCUCUGACGCUCUAGUCAUGGAGCAUGCGACACCCUUGGGGAUUGCUUCAGAGUGCGACGUUGAGGAACCGUCGGGUGUCAUAGUUGUCUCAUAUCUGCAACUAAUAAAGCUCUCAGGGGUGAUGUCUUUCAUGGAGUAGUUCAGGUGAGUCUUUCUUGGAUUUAGAAAGUGAUUUUGUCAUUUUUCUUGUUUAGAUUUUUUGGUACACGAGAUGAUUUGUUGCUCAGAUUAUUAUAUGCCCUUAACUUAAUUUUACUGCAGGUGAUUUUCCAUUAUUGUUUUCCAUGAGCAUUCCAAUUGCUUCAAUAUUUGUUCUUAACAUUCAAUUUCCCUCCCUUUUCUUCCCUUCUCUAUCACAGUCUUUGUAGACUCCAAGCUUCGGCACUUCGCAAUCGCCUCGUCGUUUUUGCUGUGUUAAAAUGGCUGUCUCACUCGACGAGAAGAAGAAUUUUACUCUGAAAAAGUCAGAGGAGGCUUUCACUGCUGCUAAGGAGUUGAUGUCUGGAGGUGUAAAUUCCCCUGUUCGUGCUUUUAAAUCUGUCGGUGGACAACCUAUUGUCAUUGAUUCUGUCAAGGGCUCUCACAUGCGGGAUAUUGAUGGCAAUGAGUACAUUGAUUAUGUUGGUUCAUGGGGACCUGCAAUUAUUGGAAAUGCAGAUGAUGAGAACAAUAUAUUCACAGCUAGAUCAACUUCUAUCAGAGAGAAAAUUUAUGUUCACAAGUUUAUGGAUUCAAUUCAAGAGAUGGAAGUCACACUUGGAAAAGCUAUAAGAUUGGGACGAUAUUCAAUAUGCAAAGCGGUGUUAUAUCCUCCUUGGAAGGCAUUGGGGGCAUAA